AUGACAGUCAAACAAGAGUCGGCCAAUUCAACAUUCAAUGCCCUCGAUAUCGCGUUUGGUGAAAAUGACGCGUCACUUUCAAAAGCAACCAUGGCUCCAUCCAUGAUUCCUAGAAAACAAUCCAAAUCAUCUACUGGUAAACGAAAAUAUCAUCAAAAAUCCAGAAAUGGGUGUUCAACCUGUAAAAGAAGACGUGUCAAAUGUGAUGAACAAAAACCUGUAUGUGGAAACUGUACCAAGUUAAAACUCGACUGUGGUUAUCUUCAUGUUACAGCAGAUGAUAUUGAAGCUAACAAAAAAUCAGAAGCUAAUGGCCCACAACCAAAGAAGAGAAAGAGAAAAUCAUCCCUGAGUCUUGAUUUACCUAUGAGUGGAACAACAACACAACAAGCAACCCCAUCUAUGACACCAAGUCCAGAAGCUACCGCCACUACAAAUGCUGCCAAGAUGAAUAUCCCUUCUUUACCACAAUUAAACCCAUUAAAUGCAUUGUCUUCAGGACUUUUAAGUGCAGGGAAUUUGAACAAUUUGAAUAUUGCUCAUUUGGUGAAUAAUCUUUCAGGUUUAGGGGAUUUAAGUAAUCUCACAAGUCUCGGUAAUUUAGCAAGUCUAUCGAAUUUGGCAACGUUGGCUCAAUUACCAAUAGAUUUGAGUAAUUUGGGUGCUUUGUUGGAUCCUCUGAUGGCAAACAAUCUUGCUGCAACUGCCUUGGGAGGAAAUACCCCUACAUCCAUUCCAACGAAUAUCAACGCUCAACAAAAUGGAUUUGAUUCAAGAAAAUCACUGGCAGUAUCUGAUUUGCAACAAUCUUCAAUUCAACAACAACAACAACAAUCUCAGAUGCCGCUCCCACCGCAACAGCAACAGCAAGCCCCAUCUCAACCACAAGCACAAGCGCAAGCACAAUCACAAGCACAAUCGCAACCACGUCCACAACAGCAACAGCAACCACCACCACAGUCACAGCAACAAUCACCGACAAUGCAAAUGGGCAAUAGCCCCAUUCAACAUCACCUUCAACCAACAUUGGCUUCACAGCUGGAUUUGCCGGGAAUGAACUAUCCAGGAUGUACUCCAAGUACGACCACAAGAAAUCCUUUUGCAACAGCAGCUUCAACUUCUUCAACUAACAAUAUUGGAACUAUGCCUACAUCAUCUGCUGAUGGUACUGCUGGAACCUCAGCGAAAUCUAUACCUAAUAUUUCACCGAAUACUACACAUUCUACAAAUCCAUUGAACAAUCCUCUUUCACAAGGAAUGCAAACAAGUCUUAAUAUGCUUGAUUUGAAAUUAAUGUUCCAUUAUACUUCACAGGUUGCGAAUACUAUCACCGGUGCUGGUAUUUCGGAGACUAACAUCUGGAACCAUGAUAUUCCAUUAUUAGCCUUUGAACACCCCUUUUUAAUGCAUUCAAUAUUAGCCUUUAGUGCUACUCACUUGUCAAGAACUGAAAAGGGGUUAGAUCAAUGUGUUACUUCCCAUCGUGGUGAUGCCUUGCGAUUAUUGCGUGAGGCGGUAUUGAAUAUCAAUGCGGAUAACACGGACGCAUUAGUUGCUAGUGCAUUGAUCUUAAUUAUGGAUUCAUUGGCAAAUGCAUCUUUCCCUUCGUCAACAUCUCCUAAAUCUUUACCUGCUUCUGCAUGGAUUUUCCAUGUUAAAGGUGCAGCCACUAUUUUGACUGCCGUAUGGCCAUUAACCGAAGCAUCCAGAUUCUAUAAGUUCAUUUCAGUUGAUUUGGGAGAUUUAGGAGAUAUAAUCAACCAAGGAGUCAAUUCAAAUAAACCAAAGGGUAUUGAUCGUGAAGGAGCUUCUUAUUACACAGAUUUGGAAUGUCACGAUGCUGAUAUUGCUGAUUUAUAUCCGGUUAAGAUUGAUUCUCCUUAUUUAAUCACCCUCGCCUAUUUGAAUAAAUUACACAAGGAAAGAUACAAGUCUGACUUUAUAUUACGAAUCUUUGCCUUUCCAGCACUUUUGGACAAACAGUUUAUGGCAUUAUUAAUGUCUGGGGACGUCAAGGCUAUGAGAAUCAUGAGAAGCUAUUACAAGUUGUUGCGUUCUUUCACUACUGAAAUGAAGGAUAAAGUCUGGUUUUUGGAAGGAGUUUCGCUGGUAUUACCAGUUAAUGUUGAAGAAUAUGCUGGUGGAGCUGGAGGUAUGCACAUGAUGAUGGAUUUCCUUGGUGGAGGGCCAGCGAUUAUUGAUGAUCAUGAAAUUGAUAAAGAAAUGACGAAAUUCGAUCCAAAUGGAUCACUUACUAAUAAAUUAAUUGAUACGAAUAAUUUACCUAGUGAUAUAACAAGCAAUUUAGAUAUCAUGCAAGGAGAUACGGGGUUCAUGAACUUGAAAUAG